AACGAUGGACAAGGCGAAGAAAGGAGAAAUUUCAAUUAUGAAUAAUAAGGCACCUGCAUUGAUUCCUCCGCCACCACUGAAAUUUACUUUAGAUCAGUGGCAUCUGAAUAAUCGUCACAGGUAUCGAUGUUCGGAAGCGCAGCAGGAAUUAGCCGAUCGACUGCUUAAUGAAUGUCAACGCGUUUGUGAGUUCAGUUCUGAAACUGCUCGGAACAAUAAAGAAGAAACAGAUCACAGACUCAGAGAAAAAUUAGAAGAUAUAGAGUUUCGUAAGAAGGAAUUAUUACGGAUAAGGAAAGAAGUUCUCCUCGAAUCCGAUGCUCUGUCGAUGUACAAGCAGCGAAUUAUGGAUGCUUUAGCGUCCGUGAGGAGGAAUGCUCUCGUUAUUUGCGAGAAAUGCCUCAUCUUUAGAGAACAUAGAUUAGGAAUUGAUUUAGUUCGCGACGACGCUGAGAAGGAAUUGCUGAAAGAAUGCGAAGUAAUUAGGGGUGCUGAGAGUUUGCUGGUUCGAACUUUGGAGCAAACUCAGGAACAAAUACGUCGUCUAAAAGCGACGCUUUACUACAUGGACCACGAGCUUGAGGACAAGGAGAAUAAUAUACGCAUUGACAGACAUAAUUUAACUCUCAGGGAGACUGGUUUAAAUUUAAGCAUUUAUCACGGUGCCUCGCGACUCGAUCCAUCGACCAUAGAAUUGAAUGAAUGGGAAAUGCAGACGAAUAACAAUAUCGUCGCUGCUUCAAAAGAGGUGAACAGUGCAAGACCAUUACGCUGUUACAUUGACAGGAUUAUUAAACAAGCCGUUGAUGAUCUAACUGAACAAAAGCAUGCUACUGAUGAGGCUUUCAGAAAACGAAUUGAAGAAACUAAAGAAGCGAAAACGAAAUUGGAGUUACAGCAUUCCGAGAUAAUGCGACAAGCAGCGGAAAUGAAGCAGAAUAUCACGCGUAUCGAGAAAUCGAUCGCGGAGAAAGAAGGUUUCUUGGCUUUGGCGCAUACUAGGAUGGGUAAUCGGUGUCAAAGACCGGGAUUAGAACUUACACGAGACUUAGUCGAGAUCAAUCUCCUGAAAGAAGUAUAUGAGCUGCGCGAUGUAGUGUCACAAUUACAGGCAUCAAUGUUCGAGGCUCAAGCAUCGCUGCGUUAUUUACUGAAGACGCAGAUUCAGAUUGAAGAGGACAUCAAUGUCAAAACGAACACGUUAAAAAUUGACGAAGUCGAUUGCAUGACUCUUCGCCAAAGUAUGGAUUACCAUGCGUAUUAAAUUCAUAUCAGGAUUGAAGAAUAUUGCUUAAAUCAUUUUAUAUAUCAAAUAGCAUUCAUAACAAUAAAAAGUAGAAAGGCAACAAAAUGUUGCGAAUCGAAUUGUUGUUUUUAGUAUUAUUUAUCUUCUUUCGUUGUCUAGCAUUGUCCUUGUAAAACAGAUUUCAUUUACAUAAAGUCGCAUUUAUUUCAUUUAAAUAUCGUACUUAGCCACCUCACAUUUCACUGUAUAAUAAUAUGUCACAACAUGAUGCAAUAAUUCAUAACAACCGUGUGUAAUAGUGUAUACUUUUUACUUGUAUAAGGAUUACAUUUUAACGCAAAGUGAUCAUUGGAAGUUCGCGCGUUGACCUAGAAAAGAAUGUUGCUGCGAUUGGUUACAUCACGUACCUGUGCGUACGUAUUAAAUAUUGACAAUAAUAAUCAUGGUAGUAGUGAGCGGCGUCGAGUCACAGACAGGGCUGGGAUAAUUUUUCCCUCGGCCGGAAAGUGGGGACGAGGCGACC